AUGUCUGUCGUACAGUUUUGGGAUGGGAUGAAGUCUAUCGUGAUUUCAUUGAUCUUGAUAGUGGUAGUGGAAGGAUCUCACUUCCGCGGAGGUAUUUUUACAUGGCGACAUAUAUCAGGAAAUGAGGUUCGUGUCAAACACAGAAUGUCAUGGAGAAACACAGCCUAUAGUCCUGUUUGUGACGAUGAUUAUAAGGAUAGUGGCACACGGAGGACUUUCGACAGCGUCAGCUGUUUCAGUGGAUGUGACAGUUGGACAUGGAGCAGUCCCUCUCUUAUUUCGGUGUGUACGGACUUCAGUACCUCUGAGGACUGGGCAACUUACGAGGGGGAAUUUGAUGUUUCUGUACCAUCUUCUUCGACAUCCUUUGUCGUUGGGUAUUCUUCGUGUUGUUGGAUAAGCACACUGGCGUUGAACUCCGACUCCAGCUGGAUGAUUGCAACACGUAUAGACCUUACGUACCGACAAGACAUAGGUGGUAUCAACACUUCCCCAGUAACAGCCAUGCAACCCAUCGUCCGCCUUCAACGUGGUUGCAGUCACAGUAUAAAAAUACCAGUUGCUGACGAUGACGGAGAUACGGUGAAGUGUAGAUGGGGACAAAAUUCACCAGUUGAUGAGUGUAGUGGAAUCUGUAAUUCUUUCCCGGGUGCUGUUUUGAAUGAGGCAACCUGUACUUUAAAUUAUUCCUCAGUCUCGAAUUCAGCUGGUUAUUAUGGGGUGGCUAUUCAGAUUGAAGACUUCUCAUCACCCUCUUCAUCUACUCCUUUAAGCAGCAUUCCCCUUCAAUUCCUGGUCGAAGUCUUUGAUUCUGCAAGUGCAUGCGCCUCGGCACCAACUUUUAUUUCACCAACACCCCCAGACGGAGGAUGUUACGAGUCAGUUCAGGGCGUGACUUUUAGUGUAGAAAUUCGUAUCAGGACUGGAACCAGUAGCCAGUACAUCCAAGAAGUAGCAACGCAAUCCCCAGUUGGUGUAACUAAGUCGAACAUCCAACCCAUCUCCCAGACGGACUAUUACCUCACUCUGACGUGGACACCUACCAGCAGUCAACAGGGCUCGUACAUCAUAUGCUUCACAGCUGAAGAUAACUUGGGAUUAACAACGGAAUCUAGAUGCAUAACUUUGAAUGCUGUCGGUUCAAGUACAUUGCCCGCGGUAGUUCUGGGCAGCCAGACACCUUCAGGAUCAGUAUAUGGCGAUAACCACCAGUGGUCGCUGAGAUAUUCAAAUUACUUUGUGCGCCCUUCAUCAUCCGCGUUUAUCAGAAUUUACGAAUCAAAUGGUUUAUUGGUGGAACGGAUUGAUGUCACAUCUUCAUCUGUUGUUUACCCACAAUCCACCAGUGGAAGACAAUUGUCAUUCACUACUAAUUAUAACUACCAAAGAGGGCGUUCCUAUUAUAUACAGUUUGACGAAGGAGUAGCCAAUAGAGAACUCGGUUGCAGUGUAAAAUCUCCGGCAAUCGUGAGCACUACAUUUUGGACAUUCUCAAUAUAUUACGUCCGUUGCAGUGACAAUCCUUGUAGAAACAGUUACCUAUGUACUGAUCUGGUGGGAGAUUACUCCUGUCAGUGUUACCCGGGAUUCACGGAUAAGAAUUGUACCACAAAUGUCAAUGAAUGUUCAUCUAACCCCUGUCGGAAUGGCGGUACCUGUGUAGACGGAGUCAAUUCUUUCUCAUGUCUUUGUGAUUUUGAUCACUAUGGGCCUUUUUGUGGUGAACGUUACACAAGAUGUCGAGACCAUCCCUGUGAAAACAAUGCCACGUGUUCUGACGUUACCAACGGUUACAUGUGCCAUUGCUCUAAUGGUUAUACAGGCGUGAAUUGUUCCACUAACAUUGAUGAAUGCACCUCUAACCCUUGCCGAAAUGGUGGCACUUGUGUUGACAGAAUCAAUUCUUUCUCCUGUCUUUGUGACAUUGACCACUAUGGACCGGUUUGCAGUGAACGUUACAUAAGAUGCCGAGACCAUCCUUGUGAAAACAACGCGACAUGUUCUGAUGAAAUAAGUGGGUACAGGUGUCAGUGCCCAAGAGGAUUCACAGACGUGAAUUGUUCAACUGAUAUCGAUGAAUGUGAAACUGGUCCUUGUAAAAACAAUGCAUCCUGUUUAGACGGAAUAGAUUCGUACACAUGUCAUUGUUAUCCGGGAUUUUAUGGGGAAAACUGCACGGAAAGGAAUUUGGUGAGACUAAAGGAUGGAAGUACUCCAUAUCAAGGGCGUGUCGAAAUCUUCAAUGAUGGGGUCUGGGGAACCGUGUGUGACGAUCACUGGGAUGACAAUGACGCCGCUGUUGUUUGUGGAAUGCUGGGUUUCUCAAGAAAUAAUGCAAAAGGACUAUGUUGUGAAGUUUAUGGCAAAGGAGGGCCUCAGAUUUGGCUAGAUAACGUGGGAUGUCUGGGAACUGAACAAGAUAUUUUCCAUUGCCAACACAUAGGAUGGGGAAAUCAUAAUUGUGACAAUCAUGAAGAUGCAGCUGUUGUAUGCUCACCCAACGAUAAGCCUAUAAGACUUGUUGGGGGACACACCCCAUAUGAAGGAAGACUUGAAAUUUAUUACAAUGGAGAAUGGGGAACAGUCUGCGAUGACUACUGGGAUGAGAAAGAUACUGCAGUGGUUUGUCAAUCAUUGGGAUUUUCAUCAAAAAAUGCAGUUAGUAUGUGUUGUGCUCAGUUUGGAGAAGGAACGGGUCCCAUACUUUUGGACGAUGUGGAUUGCUUGGGAAUAGAGACAGAUAUUGGACAAUGCAAACACAGAGGAUGGACAGUCCAUAAUUGUCAACAUUUAGAAGAUGUGUCUAUUCGUUGUUCACCUAAUGAAGACUCAUCAACUACUUUUUCUACGACACUGACAACAAAGCCGAGAGAAUCAACUUCACCGUCAACAACUCCUGGAUCAACAACCACAAUGAUGAUAACGACAGAGGAAAGAGAUACAACAUCAAUCACCGAAAUCUCCAACAAAACAGUUCGACUUGUUGGAGGAGCCACACCCUAUGAGGGUAGAGUUGAAAUUUACUACAAUGGAGAAUGGGGAACAGUUUGUGAUGACAGUUUGGAGAGAAAUGGUCAUGGUUUUUGGAAUAGCUCUUUAUCUAAAGUGAUAUGUCGAUCUUUGGGAUUUUCCUCGCAAACAACAGUGAGUUUUUGCUGUGCACGCUGUGGAGAAGGUACAGGUCCUAUAUGGUUGGAUGAUGUCCGCUGCAAUGGAGACGAAUCAUCUAUUGAGAAAUGUCUGCAUAUUGGUUGGGGCAGUCAUAACUGUAGACAUGUCGAAGAUAUAUCUGUUAACUGUUUUCCAGGGGAGGACACAAGAGUUCGACUCGUUGGAGGAAACACUCCCUAUGAGGGCAGAGUGGAGGUUUAUCACAAUGGAGUAUGGGGGACAGUUUGUGAUGAUUAUUUUCAAUUCAAUGCCGAUGGUUCAAACAACAGUUUCUCCGAAGUUAUAUGCCGAUAUUUAGGCUUUCCGUGGCAAACAUCAGUGAGCAUUUGCUGUGCACGUUAUGGGGAAGGAACUGGUCCUAUUUGGCUAGAUGAUGUACAGUGUAGUGGAAAUGAAGCAAAUAUUGAGGAUUGUCAACAUAUUGGUUGGGGUAACCAUAAUUGUGGACAUCAUGAGGAUCUGUCUGUCAACUGUGCAUCAGAGGAGGUCACUCCCAUUCGUCUUGUUGCUGGAGAAACCCCUUACAAAGGGAGGGUGGAGGUAUAUCACAACGGAGAAUGGGGGACUGUUUGUGACGACUCCUGGGAUAACCAAGAUGCUGCCGUGGUCUGUCGAUCUCUUGGGUUUUCUGUAAUGAAUUCAGCAGCAUUUGGUAAUGCAUAUUUUGGUGAGGGAAAUGGCUCUAUUUGGAUGGAUAAUGUUCACUGUUCUGGUACAGAGGCAAGAAUUGAACAAUGCCAUCAUAACGGGUGGGGACAUCAUAAUUGUGGCCAUCAUGAAGAUGCGUCUGCCAUAUGUCAAGCUGGAUUGUUCAGUCCAGUGCGGCUUAUGGGAGGACAGACUCCAUACGAGGGUAGAGUAGAGAUAUACCGUAAUGGAGUAUGGGGAACAGUUUGUGAUGAUGCUUGGGAUGAUUUGGAUAGUGUGGUGGUCUGUAGGUCUCUGGGAUAUCCCACACAAAACGCUCAGAGCUUUGGAUCUGCUUUUUUCGGUCAAGGAUCGGGUCCUAUUUUGUUAGACGAUGUAAAUUGCCAUGGAUCAGAGACAAACAUCGAGGAGUGUCCACAUAAUGGAUGGCAAACUCAUAAUUGUGUCCAUCAGGAAGAUGCUUCUGUCAGAUGUUCAGAGGUCACUGCCAUACGUCUUGUUGAUGGAGAAACCCCUUAUGCAGGGAGAGUGGAGGUAUAUCACAACGGAGAAUGGGGGACUGUUUGUGACGACUCCUGGGAUUACCGAGAUGCUGCAGUGGUCUGUCGAUCCCUUGGGUUUUCUGUAAUAAAUCCAUCAGCAUUUGGUAAUGCAUAUUUUGGUGAGGGAAAUGGCUCUAUUUGGAUGGAUAAUGUUCACUGUUCUGGUACAGAGGCAAGAAUUGAACAAUGCCAUCAUAACGGGUGGGGACAUCAUAAUUGUGGCCAUCAUGAAGAUGCGUCUGUCAUAUUCAGUCCAGUGCGUCUUGUGGGAGGACAGACUCCAUACGAGGGUAGAGUAGAGAUAUACCGUAAUGGAGUAUGGGGAACAGUUUGUGAUGAUGCUUGGGAUGAUUUAGAUAGUGUGGUGGUUUGUCGGUCUCUGGGAUAUCCCACACAAAACGCUCAGAGCUUUGGAUCUGCAUUCUUCGGUCAAGGAUCGGGUCCUAUUCUGUUAGACAAUGUAAAUUGCCGUGGAUCAGAGACAAACAUUGAGGAGUGUCCACAUAAUGGAUGGCAAACUCAUAAUUGUGUCCAUCAGGAAGAUGCCUCUGUUAGAUGUUCAGAGGUCCGACUUGUUGGUGGAAACACUCCCUAUCAGGGUAGAGUGGAGGUUUUUUAUAAUGGAAUAUGGGGAACAGUUUGUGAUGAUUUUUAUUCAUUUAAUGCUGAUGGAUCGAAAAACAGAUUCUCUGAAGUAGUAUGCCGUACUUUAGGCUUUCCCUGGCAAACAUCUGUGAGCUAUUGCUGUGCACGUUAUGGGCAAGGAACAGAUCUUAUCUGGCUAGAUGAUGUACGAUGUAGUGGAAAUGAAACAAAUAUAAAAGAGUGUUCACACAUCGGUUGGGGUAACCAUAACUGUGGACAUCACGAGGAUUUGUCUGUCGACUGUCUACCAGAGGAAGACAUUACAGUCCGACUUGUUGGAGGAAACACUCCCUAUCAGGGUAGAGUGGAGGUCUAUUACAAUGGCGUAUGGGGAACAGUUUGUGAUGAUUAUUAUUUAUUUAAUGGUGAUAGUACAUACAACAGUUUCCCAAAAGUGAUAUGCCGAUCUUUAGGCUUUCCGUGGCAAACAUCUGUGAGCUAUUGUUGUGCUCAUUAUGGGCAAGGGACAGGCCCUAUUUGGCUAGAUGAUGUACAGUGUAGUGGAAAUGAAACAAAUAUUGAAGAGUGUCCACACAGAGGUUGGGGCAAUCAUAACUGUGGACAUUACGAGGAUGUGUCUGUCAACUGUCUACCAGAGGAGGCCACUACAGUCCGACUUGUUGGUGGAAACAGUCCAUAUCAGGGUAGAGUAGAAGUUUAUUACAAUGGAGUAUGGGGAACAGUUUGUGAUGAUUUUUAUUCAUCUUCUGCUGCACGAUUCCCUGAAGUAGUAUGCCGAUCUUUAGGCUUUCCCUGGCAAACAUCUGUAAGCUAUUGCUGUGCACGCUAUGGGCAAGGAACAGGUCCUAUUUGGCUAGAUGAUAUACAGUGUAGUGGAAAUGAAACAAAUAUUGAAGAUUGUCAACAUAUCGGUUGGGGUAACCAUAACUGUGGACAUCACGAGGAUGUGUCUGUCAACUGUCUACAAGAGGAGGUCACUCCUAUUCGUCUUGUUGAUGGAGAAACUCCAUACGAAGGGAGGGUUGAGGUUUAUCACAAUGGAGAAUGGGGGACUGUUUGUGACGACUUCUGGGAUAACAAAGAUGCUUCAGUGGUCUGCCGAUCGCUUGGGUUUUCUGCAAAUGGUUCGACAGCAUUUAGUAGGGCAUAUUUUGGAGAGGGUAAUGGCUCUAUUUGGAUGGAUGAUGUUUAUUGCUCUGGAAAUGAAGAACGAAUUGAACUGUGCCGACAUAUCGGGUGGGGACAACAUAAUUGUCGCCAUUAUGAAGAUGCGUCCGUCAUAUGCCAAGCUGGAUCAUUCAGUCCAGUGCGGCUUGUCGGAGGAGAAACUCCAUACGAAGGUAGAGUAGAGAUAUACCGUAAUGGAGUAUGGGGGACAGUUUGUGAUGAUGCUUGGGAUGAUUUGGAUAGUAUGGUGGUCUGUCGCUCUCUGGGAUAUCCCACAGAGGGCGCCAGAAGCUUUCAGUCUGCUUUCUUCGGUCAAGGAUCGGGUCCUAUUCUGUUAGAUAAUGUUAACUGCCACGGAUCCGAGUCAAACCUUGAGGAGUGUCCACAUAAUGGAUGGCAAACUCAUAACUGUGUCCAUCAGGAAGAUGCCUCCGUCAGAUGUUCAGAGGCCCAUGUUCCAACACCAUCAACAUCAUUUUCACUUCCGCAAACAGCUACAACGGAACAGGCUUCAACAGCCCCAGAAAAGUCUUCCAUGACACAAAAUCUAACAACUGUUACCAUGACGCACAAUCCUACUACGACGACCACACAAGCUCAAAGAGCAACACCAACCACUUUACAAGCACCAUCGACAAUAACCACCAAACAAUUUUUUACAACGACGACAACAAUGGUGCAAGCUCCAUCAACAAAAACUACGAAACAAGUUCCAACAUCAACCACAACACAAACUCCAUCAACGACUACCACAAGCAACGUCCCAACGACUAAAAUAACACAAGGUACAACGACAACAACACAAGGACAAUCGAUAACAACCAUUACAACAAUAGCACAGGAUAAAACAACUACGAAAACAACGAUACAAACUCCAGCAAUGACAAACAUAGAACAAGAUCCAACAAUAACAACCACAGCUCAGGUCCCAACGACAACAACAACUGCACGAGCUUCAACGAUAACACACGAUCCGUUGACUAAAUCAACGACACAAGGUACAACAACGAAAACUAAGACUCAAGCACCAACAAAAAUAACCACAACACAAACUUUAUCAACGACAACCACAACCAAGGCUCCAACGACGACAGGGACUGCACAUAGUCUAACAAAACCAUCAGUCCAGGAUCCAUCGACAACAAUCACUACUUCGCCAGCCCAAACAACGACGAUAACUAUAGCACAAGAUUUCAGAACUAAGACAACAACGAUACACAAUCCAACAAUCACAACACAAGCUCCAAAGACUUCAACAGUAAUACAAGCUCAAAACACAACAUUUUCACCAGGAGUUUUAACAACGACGAAAACCAAAACGGAAGCUCCAUCACCAACAACUGCAACACAAGCUCCAAGGCCAACAGCCACGACAGAGAUUCCAGGAGUGACAAUAAAUGCAGCACAAGCACCAGUGACAACCACAACACAAAAUCCAAUAACGACAACAUCCACGACACAAGCUCCAAAGAAACCAACCACUACACAAGCUCCCUCAACAGCCACGCAGCAUACUCAAACAACAGCAACCAUAACUCAAGCUCCAACAACGACAACCACAGCACAACUUCCAACAACAACCAUAACACAACCUCCAACAACAUCAACCACAACACAUGCUCUUACAACAACUACAACAUAUGAUCCAACAACAACCACCACAACACAAGCUCCAACAACAGCGUCAACCACAAUACAAUCUCCAACAACGACAACCACAAUACAAACUACAACAGCGUCAACCACAACACAAGCUCCAACAACGAUAAACACAACACAAGGUCCAACAAUAACAACAGCAACACAAGCUCAAACAACGACCACCACAACACAAUUUCCAACAACAAAGACAACCACAAUACAAUCUCCAACAACGACAACCACAACACAAACUACAACAGCGUCAACCACAACACAAGCUCCAACAACGACAACCACAACACAAGGUCCAACAAUAACAACAGCAACAAAAGCUCAAACAACAACCACCACAACACAAGCUCCGACAACUUCAACCACAACACAAGCUCCAACAACAACCACCACCACACAAACUCCAACGACAUCCACCACAACACAAGCUCUGACAACUUCAACCACAACACAAGCUCCAACAACAACCACCACCACACAAACUCCAACGACAUCCACCACAACACAAGCUCUGACAACUUCAACCACAACACAAGCUCCAACAACAACUACCACCACACAAACUCCAACGACAUCCACCACAACACAAGCUCCGACAACUUCAACCACAACACAAGUUCCAACAACAGACACCAUCACACAAACUCCAACGACAUCCACCACAACACAAGCUCCUACACCGACAACUACAACACAAUCCUCAACAACAACCACCACAACACAAGCUCCGACAACUUCAACCACAACACAAGCUCCAACAACAACCACCACCACACAAACUCCAACGACAUCCACCACAACACAAGCUCUGACAACUUCAACCACAACACAAGCUCCAACAACAACCACCACCACACAAACUCCAACGACAUCCACCACAACACAAGCUCUGACAACUUCAACCACAACACAAGCUCCAACAACAACCACCACCACACAAACUCCAACGACAUCCACCACAACACAAGCUCUGACAACUUCAACCACAACACAAGCUCCAACAACAACCACCACCACACAAACUCCAACGACAUCCACCACAACACAAGCUCCGACAACUUCAACCACAACACAAGCUCCAACAACAGACACCACCACACAAACUCCAACGACAUCCACCACAACACAAGCUCCUACACCGACAACUACAACACAAUCCUCAACAACAACCACCACAACACAAGCUCCGACAACUUCAACCACAACACAAGCUCCAACAACAACCACCACCAUACAAACUCCAACGACAUCCACCACAACACAAGCUCUGACAACUUCAACCACAACACAAGCUCCAACAACAACCACCACCACACAAACUCCAACGACAUCCACCACAACACAAGCUCCGACAACUUCAACCACAACACAAGCUCCAACAACAGACACCACCACACAAACUCCAACGACAUCCACCACAACACAAGCUCCGACAACUUCAACCACAACACAAGCUCCAACAACAACCACCACCACACAAACUCCAACGACAUCCACCACAACACAAGCUCUGACAACGUCAACUACAAUGCAACCUUCAACAACGACACCCACAACACAAGCUCCAACAACAAUCAUAAAACAAGCAACAACAAAUGCUCUAGCAACAACCACAACAACACAAGCUCUAACUACGACAACCACAACAAAAUCUCCAAUGACAACCACAUCACAAGCUCUGACAACCACAACAACACAUGCUCCAACAACAACAACAACACAAGGUCCAACGACAACCACCACAACACAAGCUCCUACACCGACAACUACAACACAAUCCUCAACAAUGACAACCACAACACAAACUUCAGUAGCAUCAACCACCACAAAACAAGCUUCAACAAUGACAACCACCACACACGCUCCAACUACCACAACACAAGCUCCCUCAACAACCACCAAAACACAAGGUCAAACAACGACAACCACAACACAAGCUCCAACAACUACAACACAACCUCUUACAAUAACAACCACAACACAACCUCCAACAACAAUCAUAAUACAACCUCCAACAACAUCAACUCCAACAGAUGCUCCAACAACAGCCACAACACAUGCUCAAACAACGACAUCCACAACACAAUUUCCAACAACGACAACCACCACACAAGCUCUGAUAACCACAACAACCACACAGCCUCCAACAACGACCACAACAUCAAUUCCAAUGACAACCACAAUGCAAGUUCAAACGACAACCACCAAAACACAAGCUCCAACAACUACAACCACAACACAAGCUCCAACAACAACAACCACACAAGCUCCAACAACAACAACCAUAGCUUCGACAACUACUUCUUUAUACCAAGCACUAGAGAGUUUUACGUUUGGUGAGGAAGUUUCUGAUUCGAGUUUAAGCGGGGAUGAUGUAACAAGUCCAGCCCUGAAUACUCCAACACAUAUUUACAUUGGGGAUGGAACAGAGGGAUCUUUUGACACCAUUUACGUAUGA